AUGGAUUCAGGUAUCGCCGAUAGAGAGCAAGAGGACAAUGAACGUAAUGCGCAUCUGCUGAGUGCUCAUUUCGACGAGAACAGCUCCUCGUCGUGUGACGCGGCGAUUCGCUGGCCGUAUCGAUCCGAGCUGCACGAACAAAGUCCAAGAGGAUCGCUGUCACGAACUCGAUUCUCAAGUUGCAUCGACACGAAAGCGAACAAUAUCUAUUUAACCACCGAAUACGCUCCAACAAGCAAAGACGUGCCUUCAGAAUCGAAUAUAUAA